GGGCUGGUCGGAAUCCCUGGAGCUGGGCUCGUGCCCCGUGGAGCCCAAGGCCGACCCGGAGCCCUUCCCGGCGUUCCGGCCGCCGUUCCGGAGCAGCGCCGGCUGGCAGUGGAGCGGCCCGGCCGCGCCCAAACGCGCCAAAGCGCCGCCGGCACCGCACCGGGAACCGCCCCACGGCAAGAGGCCCCUGAGCUUCCCAGAGACCCCCCACGCCGCCCCCGCCGCCGGUGCCGCUCCGGCGCAGCCGUACCGGCAACCUUCCGGAAGCUUCUCCGCGCCGGGAAGCGCCGGCGCUGCCUACGCGCGGUACAAACCCUCCCCGGAGAGGUACGGGGCGACCCCGCACUCGGGACACUCGGGACACUCGGGACACUCCGGACACUCGGGACACUCGGGACACUCGAGCCACGACGAUUCCUCGUCCGGCGGGAUCAGCAGCCACGAGAGCACCAUGGAGCGCCACAAGGCGGAGCCCCUCUGGCACGUCCCGGCACAAGCCCGGCUGCCCGGCGGGAAGCGCCCGGGACGGCAGGAGCCCAGUGGGAAGGAUUCCCCCAACCGGCAUUCCAAGGCGGGAGAGGCUCCGUAUUCCAGCCAUUCCAGCACCACCACCCUGUCCAGCAACGCCUCCAGCGGCCACAGCGACGAGCGCUGGUUCGACCCCUCGGAUCCCGGCGCCGGCUCCGACCCCGAUCCCGGCGCCAAAGGGGGGGGAGGAGGAUCCAGCGACAGCGGCAUCGACGCCCUCCCCAAACCCCCCUCCCGGGCCGGGCCCCCCCGGGACAAGAUUCCCAAAUCCGCCAGCGGAGGAGGGGCGGAUUCCAAGCGGGAGCCGUCCCCUCCGCCCCCUCCCCCUCCCGGCUCCUCCUCCGGGAAAAGCUUCUCCCGGCAGAAAACCGGGAAUUCCGGCGCCGCUCCCGACGCCGCCUUCAAGCCCAGUUCCAGCCCCCGGCCCCUCCCCCCCUCGGCUGCCCCCCAACUUUCCGCCUCCGUCCCCAAAUCCUUCUUCUCCAAGAGCCCCGGGAGGGGCAAAGCCCCGGCGUGGAAACGGCCCGAGGAGCCCCCCGAGCCCAAAAAGCAGGUGAACGUGUUUGGGCAGCCCCGUCUCCGGGCCUCUCUGCGGGACCUGCGCUCCCCCCGCCGCGCCCCCAAAUCCACCAUCGAGGACGACCUGAAACGUCUCAUCCUCAUGGACAGCGCGGGGCCCGAGCCCGAAAACCCCCCCCCCCUGCAGAGGACUCUGUCCGACGAGAGCCUGUGUGGGGGGCGCCGGGACCCCCCGUAUCCCGCUGCCCCUUCCCUGGAGCCCGAGGCAUUCCCGGGAAUUUAUCCCUCCUCCACCCUGCCCAGCCGGCGCCAGCACCCCCAGGACAGGAAGGCCCCCGGGGCGGGGCCGGAGCUGCCCCUGCGCCGGAUGGACCCGGGUCUGAUCCCCCUCCCCGACACGGCCGGGCUGGAAUGGGCCAGUCUGGUCAGCGCCGCCAAGGCCUACGAAGUGCAGAGAGCCGUGUCCCUGUUCUCCCUCACGGAUCCCCCCCUGAGCCCGGACCCCCCCGCGCCCCCUGAGAGACCCCCGGCGCUGCCCCUCCCCCCCCUCAGUCACCCCCCGGCCCCCCUGGACCUGCCAGGGAAGGUUUCCCAGUUGGAAGCGAUGCUGAAACAGCUCCACAGUGACCUGGAAAAGGAGAAGCAGGACAAGGUGGUUCUCCAGGCCGAGGUCGCCAACCUGCGCCAGAACAACCGGCGGCUGCAGCAGGAAUCCACCUCGGCCGCGCGGCAGCUCCGGCGCUUCGCCAGGAUCUUCUCCGGGGCCGGGGCUGCCGAGGAGCCCUGAGGGGCACAAGGGGCCUGGGGGGGCUCCAGGAUCUCCCCCCAGGGCAAAGAGACCCCCUGGGACAAAGAGACCCCCCCCCGGAGCAAAGAGACCUCCUGGGACAGCGACGUCUCCUGUGGGAUCGUCCCCGUGGGAUCGGGAACAGCCGGAGCUUCGCCAGGAUCUUCUCCGGGACCGGGGCUGCCGAGGAGCCCUGAGGGGCACAAGGGGCCUGGGGGGGCUCCAGGAUCUCCCCCCAGGGCAAAGAGACCCCCUGGGACAAAGAGACCUCCUGGGACAGCGACAUCUCCUGUGGGAUCGUCCCCGUGCGAUCGGGAACAGCCGGAGCUUCACC